AACUAUAUAUGUAGACUGUGCGAAAUCUCUAGAACAAGCUUUGUAAUAAAGAUUGUAACCAAUCAAACCUCUACAUACGUCAAUUAGAACCCAAGUUUACGGCACAAACCAAAAAAGCCCAAGAUGCACUCGUUCCCUGGGUGUAUAAAUAUACUCUUAGCACCUUCCCGGAAACUACACAAAGUCUAAGCACCGAGAGAGAGAGAGAGAGAGAUCUACCACACCUACGAGCGGCCUAGCUCUACCUAAAUACUAACUUUUGCUUGUCGUUUUUGGGUUUUUAUUUUUUUCCCCAUAUAUAUACAUGGAUACCAAGGUUUUAUCCACCGGAGUUCGCUACACGAGCUUGCCGCAAAGCUACAUCAGACCAGAAUCCGAGCGGCCUCGUCUGUCUGAAAUCUCUGCUUGUGAAGAUGUUCCCAUCAUCGACUUGAGUAUUGCAGAUAGAAGCAAAAUUGUCAAGCAAAUUGGAGAUGCCUGCAAAUAUUUUGGCUUUUUCCAGGUAAUCAAACACGGCGUGUCACCGGAGGCGGUGCAGAAAAUGUUAGAGGUGGCUACCGAGUUCUUUAGCCUGCCGGUGGAAGAGAAGUUGAAGCUCUAUUCGGAUGAUCCUUCAAAAACAGUGAGACUUUCAACAAGUUUUAACGUGAAAAAAGAAAAGGUUCACAAUUGGAGAGAUUAUCUUAGACUUCAUUGUUAUCCUUUAGACAAGUAUGUACCUGAGUGGCCCUCCAAUCCUUCUACCUUCAAGGAAAUUGUGAGCAAUUAUUGCAUGGAAGUAAGGGAACUCGGGUACAGAAUACAAGAACUCAUAGCAGAAAGCUUAGGCGUGGAAAAGGAUUCUAUAAAGAAUAUAUUGGGAGAGCAAGGACAGCAUAUGGCUGUGAACUAUUAUCCACCUUGUCCAGAGCCAGAACUCACCUAUGGAUUGCCAGGACAUACUGAUCCCAAUGCCCUCACAAUCCUACUUCAAGACCUCCACGUAGCGGGCCUUCAAGUUUUCAAAGAUGGCAAGUGGCUUGCUGUUAAUCCUCACCCAAAUGCUUUUGUCAUUAAUCUCGGCGAUCAAUUGCAGGCAUUAAGUAAUGGGAUUUAUAAGAGUGUUUGGCACAGAGCAAUAGUGAAUGCUGAGAAGCCAAGGCUAUCGGUAGCUUCGUUCCUCUGCCCAUGUGACGACGCUUUAAUCAGCGCCCCAACAGCACUCACAGAAGAUGGAUCAGCAGCAGUGUACAGGGGUUUCACAUAUGCAGAGUAUUACAAGAAGUUUUGGAGUCGGGACUUGGAAAAAGAACACUGUCUCGAACUUUUCAAGAAUCAGUAGUAGCCUUAAUUAAUAAUUGCCUAGUUCUUGAUCGGCAAUUGUUUCUCUUUCUUUUUCCUUUUUCUACUAUUAGUUUGCAUUUUUCUUGAUGCAGAAGGAGCUCGUCCGCUUUACCAUACACUGACAUCAAUUUAUUUAAGAAAACUCCCCAAUUACUUUUGGGGGAAGAAUGGCGGCGGUGUACUUCUCUCCUCUGUUUAAUGUGCAACAAGUUGUAUUGAACUAUAAACUAGGUAGAAUUUUCUGAUCUGUUAGCCAUAAAUUUA